AUGGGGACGGGAUGGAGUCAACAGGCAUGCGUCAUCCCCCGCCCAAUAGGCUGGAUCAGCACCAUUUCGCCUCCCCAGGACGGGCCAGAAUCAGAGUCCACACCAUCGACAUCGACCACAACAGGCACAGCCUCACUAUUAUCCCCCUCUACGACGACAGAAGCCCGCCGAACAGCCAACCUCGCGCCGUUCAGCCAGUUCAACAACCUGACCUUCGACCCGCCGAUGGUCAUGUUCUCGGCGAACCAGACACCGUCGAACCAGCACAAGGACACGGUGCGCAACGUCGAGGCCACGGGCGUGUUCUGCUGGCAACUGGCGACGUGGGAGCUGCGCGAGGCCGUCAACGUCUCCGCCGAGCAGGUCCCCUACGGGGUCGACGAGUUUGAGCGCGCCGCCCUCGAAAAGGUCUGGUCAACGGUGCUCAAGACUCCCGUGCCCAUGGUCAAGGCCUCGCCCGUCCGCUUCGAGUGCGAGUACCACUCCACGCUGCGCCUGCCCUGCAAUCCGCCCAUGGGCACCGUCGAUAUCGUCAUCGGCAAGGUCGUCGGUAUUCAUAUCGACGACCGGGUCUUGACCGCUGACGGCAAAAUCGAUGUCGCAAAGACACAGCCCAUUGCAAGGUGCGGCUAUUAUGACUACGCCGUCAUUCGGGACACGUUCGAGAUGAUAAUUCCGGGAGACAUUGAGGCUAUUCGUCAUGGCAUGGAGGGCAGCGUGAGUAAACAUAGGGCCGCCAGAGAGGCAGCCAACAAGAUGGGUGUUAGUGAAUCAGGUCCACCCUGA